UUCGCCCAGCCCCGCGCGAUGGUGACUCUGGGCGCGGAGGGUGGCUAUGGGAGAGCCCGCAGAUCGCAGCAGCGUGAAGGCGGGGAGCGCGGGGGGCGGCGGGCGGGGACUGUCUCCCCGACCUCGGCACCCAGAGAAGCGGCUCAACCACCUGAACCCGGAAAAACGCCAACAAGUAGUUUCUCCUUUGAGGAGGGCGUCUCAGCUGGCCGCAGAGACUCCGUCCCGCUGCAGGAAGAAUCUCGUCCACUCGGAGACCCAAGCAGAGCCACUUUUCUCCCGGUCUCCUUAAGUCAUGUCUGAGCCACAGAGAUGGGCAAGAUCGAGAACAACGAGAGGGUGAUCCUCAAUGUCGGGGGCACCCGGCACGAAACCUACCGCAGCACUCUCAAGACCCUCCCGGGGACGCGCCUGGCCCUCCUCGCCGCCUCGGAGCCCCAGGGCGACUGCCUGACGGCCGCCGGCGACAAGCCGCAGCCGCUGCCCCCUCCCCUCUCUCCGCCUCCGCGACCUCCUCCCUUGUCCCCUGUCCCCAGCGGCUGCUUCGAAGGCGGCGCGGGCAACUGCAGUUCCCACGACGGCAAUGGCAGCGACCACCCUGGGGGAGGCCGCGAGUUCUUCUUCGAUCGCCACCCAGGCGUCUUCGCCUACGUGCUCAACUACUACCGCACGGGCAAGCUGCACUGCCCCGCCGACGUGUGCGGGCCGCUCUUCGAGGAGGAGCUGGCCUUUUGGGGCAUCGACGAGACCGACGUGGAGCCCUGCUGCUGGAUGACCUACAGGCAGCACCGUGACGCGGAGGAGGCGCUGGACAUCUUCGAGACACCGGACCUCAUCGGGGGCGACCCCGGAGACGAUGAGGACCUAGCGGCCAAGAGGCUGGGCAUUGAGGAUGCCGCAGGGCUGGGAGGGCCCGAUGGCAAGUCUGGGCGCUGGAGGAGGCUGCAGCCCCGCAUGUGGGCCCUCUUUGAGGACCCCUACUCGUCCAGAGCCGCCAGGUUUAUUGCCUUUGCUUCUUUAUUCUUCAUCUUGGUUUCCAUCACAACCUUUUGCCUGGAGACACACGAAGCUUUCAAUAUUGUUAAAAACAAGACAGAGCCAGUCAUCAACGGUACAGGCGCUGUUCUCCAGUACGAAAUUGAAACGGAUCCUGCUUUGACAUACGUAGAAGGAGUAUGUGUGGUGUGGUUUACUUUCGAAUUUUUAGUCCGUAUUGUGUUUUCACCCAAUAAACUUGAAUUCGUCAAAAACCUCUUGAACAUCAUUGACUUCGUGGCCAUCCUCCCCUUCUACUUAGAGGUGGGACUCAGCGGGCUGUCUUCCAAAGCGGCUAAGGAUGUGCUCGGCUUUCUCAGGGUGGUUAGGUUUGUGAGGAUCCUGCGAAUCUUCAAGCUCACCCGCCAUUUCGUAGGUCUGAGGGUGCUCGGACACACUCUCCGUGCGAGUACCAAUGAGUUUUUGCUGCUGAUCAUCUUCCUGGCUCUGGGAGUUUUGAUAUUCGCUACGAUGAUCUACUACGCGGAGAGAGUUGGUGCGCAGCCCAAUGACCCCUCAGCUAGCGAGCACACACAGUUCAAGAACAUCCCCAUUGGUUUCUGGUGGGCCGUGGUGACCAUGACUACGUUAGGCUAUGGGGAUAUGUACCCCCAAACCUGGUCAGGGAUGUUGGUGGGGGCCUUGUGUGCUCUGGCUGGAGUGCUGACCAUAGCCAUGCCCGUGCCUGUCAUUGUCAACAAUUUCGGAAUGUACUACUCCUUGGCGAUGGCGAAGCAGAAGCUUCCGAGGAAAAGAAAGAAGCAUAUUCCUCCUGCCCCCCUGGCAAGCUCGCCUACCUUUUGCAAGACAGAAUUAAAUAUGGCUUGCAACAGCACCCAGAGUGACACCUGUCUGGGCAAAGAAAACCGGCUUCUGGAACAUAACAGAUCAGUGUUAUCAGGUGACGACAGUACAGGAAGUGAGCCGCCAUUAUCACCUCCAGAAAGGCUCCCCAUCAGACGCUCUAGUACCAGAGACAAAAACAGAAGAGGGGAAACGUGUUUCCUGUUGACGACAGGUGAUUACACGUGCACUUCUGAUGGAGGAAUCAGGAAAGUGUUGUACAGAAUUUAUCAUGGAUUUUUGACUGCUGCAAAGGGACAAUGAGAUUUAGCCAUAUCAAAGACUGCACUGGAAACUCUGCUACUGAAUGUGCCUGAUGUGACCGGUUUGCUCUCAGAAGAGAGGUCCUCCAUCUCCACGAGGCGUUUACAGCUUAUAACGGAACAGUGGCGGGAACUGAAAUGGUGCUUGCUGUGGAAACUUUCUGCUUGUCAACUGAUCAGUGUCCAUGAAACAACUGUAAAUACCAACGUGCGCAUGGGUCAACCCCUCUCACCAGUCUCCUAGCACAGGAGGCCACAUUCUCGGGCAACAUCUGGGAAGCUUCACAUAAUUGCCCACAAGGCUCUGAAUGGCUCCUCUCAGGCUCACGGUGGUUUUUGCUGUGAAUGACAGAAGGCAGUAAAUUCGAUGUAGUAUAGGUGUGUUUCAUAUCUCUUAUUUGUACAUUUUGUGUUGGAUCCAGAAACACUGAUUGCCUCACUUUCUUGCAAACUCCUUAUAUAUCAGCUUGUCAACUAUGUUGUAAACUUUUAGAGUCUACAUAUAAAUCUGACUGUUUUUUAGUCGUGUCUUUAUUUAGUUCUGGAAAGCUGUUACUAUCUAAGAGAAAUUCAUCAACAGUAUUCAUAGUUCAAGUAUUUUGUCCUUGUUACCUCAAUUAUAAAUAUUAAAAAAAGAUAUAAAUUCUGGCAAUGAGAAUAUUUUUUUAUUAAAUGAUCAAGGAAAAUGUCAGUAUAUAGUAGAAUAUUAUCAAAUUAUAUCCUAAAAUGUCUAUUUUGCAUAAAAGAGAUAUUCUUCAAUUAAUUCCUUUUUUGGUGAGCUUUGUGGCUAAUGAAAUGUGCAUUUGUCUUUAAAACUGCUAUAGUUAAAACUGUAUAAGAGUUUUUCAUCUUGCUUAAUCAAUAUUUCCAGACUAUUAGUUCCCCUGGGAUUCUGAAUAUACUAUAUAUCCUAAUUACAAACCCCUGUAUCGUGUACCUUUUGUGACCAUCUCAAGGUGCAUGCCUAACCUUGGUGAUAAACCAAUGGACAUGUUACUAACUGAAAUGAAGAAUAAAAGGCAAAUGAACUGGGGAUAAACUUGAA